AUGAGAUAAUAAUAAAGAAAUCAAAAUAUUAUCGAAGAAACUGUAGUUUCGGAAUAUGUUAGCUAAGGAAGUUAAUCAAGUUGUCUUAACUAACCUUCAUAAAAAGCAUAAGAUUUUAUACUUGAAAAGCUUUUAAAUAUAGAAAUAAAAAAAUAAGAAUAUUUAAAUAUUAUAGUUGUAGGGGCAUAGAGAACUGGAAAAAGUACUUUCAUAGAUUCAUUUUUAAUGAAGAAUUUCGAAAAAUAAUGUGAGUUUGAAAAAAUCAAUAAUAUAGUUGAAAAAAGGGCAGUAAGUAAUGGAAAAAAAAUACUUAAUUUAAAUUUAAUAGACACUCCAGGUUACAUAAUAGGAGAAGGAGUAGAAAAUUUUAAAAAAUGGUACAUAAACAUUAAAAAUUUUAUUGUUGAAAAGGUAUUUUUUUUGUAUAUUGUUAUUUUUUUAUAUUUUAUAUUAUUUUAGUUUGAACAUCACUAAGAAUAUUUAGAAAAGCUUUAUAGAACUAAAGAAAGUAUAUAAAAUUUAAAUGAAUAAGAUGAAAGAAUACAUGUAUGUUUGUUUUUUUUAUCUUUAGAUUGUAUAAAAUAAACUGAUUUGUAUAUAAUUAAAAAGCUAUAAAAAUAUGUAAAUAUAAUUCCUGUUAUUUCUAGAGGAGAUUUAUAUUAAUAUUCAGAAUUAAAAUAGAUUAAAUAAGAAUUAUAAAAAAAGCUAUAUAAUAAUAAAUAUAAUGGUUUAAUUUUGAUGCUGUACUAAAGAAUUAUCCAGCAUCUAUUAACAUUUUAAACGGAUAUUUAGGAAGAUGUCCACCUUUUUUAAUUGUAUCUGGUAAAAGAUAAUAUAAUUGGGGAAUAUGUGAUUAUGAAAAUCCAAAACAUUCAGAUUUUAUAUUAUUAAAAGAGUUAUUAAUAGGAGAUUUGA